UUGGUCAGUCCCCACUGAUGACCUUGUUUGGUGUGUCUUCUACUCCUGGGGCAGCUCCUGUCUCAACAGCCAACUUUUUGGGAAGGAGGCCACCUGCUGUUGUGAGAAAGAAGGAUGUGUGAAGAAAACGUGUUGGCUGUGGCUUGGGGGCCUUCCUCACUCCUGAAGCCUCCAGGCCAGAAGCUGGCUCUGUGCCUUCAUCCUGCCUGCCACAGUCACUGCCGCCUGUCUCCUAGAUCCCGCUUCUCAGAAGAUGCACUAUUAUAGAUACUCUAACGCCGAGGUCAGCUGCUGGUACAAGUACCUCCUUUUCAGCUACAACAUUGUCUUCUGGUUGGCUGGAGUUGUCUUCCUUGGAGUCGGACUGUGGGCAUGGAGCGAAAAGGGGGUGCUGUCUGACCUCACCAAAGUGACCCGGCUGCAUGGAAUCGACCCUGUGGUGCUGGUCCUGAUGGUGGGCGUGGUGAUGUUCACACUGGGGUUCGCUGGCUGCGUGGGGGCCCUGCGGGAGAACAUCUGCCUGCUCAAGUUUUUCUGCGGUACCAUCGUGCUCAUCUUCUUCCUGGAGCUGGCCGUGGCCGUGCUGGCCUUCCUCUUCCAGGACUGGGUGAGGGACCGGUUCCGGGAGUUCUUCGAGAGCAACAUCAGAUCCUACCGGGACGACAUUGACCUACAGAACCUCAUUGACUCCCUUCAGAAAGCCAACCAGUGCUGCGGGGCAUAUGGGCCUGAAGACUGGGACCUCAACGUCUACUUCAACUGCAGCGGUGCCAGCUACAGCCGCGAGAAGUGUGGGGUGCCCUUCUCCUGCUGCGUGCCGGACCCCGCGCAAAAAGUUGUGAACACACAGUGUGGAUAUGAUGUCAGGACCCAGCUGAAGAGCAAGUGGGACGAGUCCAUCUUCACAAAAGGCUGCAUCCAGGCACUGGAGGGCUGGCUUCCGCGCAAUAUUUACAUCGUGGCCGGCGUCUUCAUCGCCAUCUCCCUGCUACAGAUUUUUGGCAUCUUCCUGGCGAAGACCUUGAUCUCGGACAUUGAGGCAGUGAAGGCAGGCCAUCACUUCUGAGGAACAGAGGUGAGCAAGCAGAGCUGAGCCACGCCAUGGAGGCCAGAGCCCUUCACUCUUGUCAAGUCUACAUCCAGAGGGAGAGAAGUGGACGCACCCAGCCAGAGCCAGCACCCUGUCUUCGGCCUCAGCGUGCCGCGACCUCCCUGUUUCUGUUUGCUGGUGCUGAAGACCGAAGGGCCCCUCUGACCUGCACGGACUUGGGACGGAGACCCCCCCCCCCGGGGUCUACCCAGAGACAGAGAACAUGUCUUUAAGCAGGGGUGGUGACUCUGAGGGACAGAAGGCUCCCGUGGCUGUGAAAAGGGCUUGACUUGGUUCUCCUGGAGACUAAGCGUGUCUGCAGGGCACCCUGGCCUCCCCACUCGUGUCACUGGUGCUGGCCCGGAGGGCAGCCUCGUCUGCUGCGGGUGGGACAUGGGGGCGGGGGGACCCAGCAGACAUGGACGAGGCUUCUCCCAGCAGCAGAAGGACCUGGGGAGGGGAAGGGGCACAGAUGGACCGUGCCAGCAGAGCCUGUGGUGUCUGCACAAGUCGGGGGAUGUUUGCAGGAUCCUCAGCCAUGUCCAAGUAAGCCUGAGCCAUGUGUGGACGGUGCCCCGGAGCGCCCCCUCCGCUGCCCCACCAGGGCGAGACCCGCCUCCAGCUUCGACAGCGAUGUGCCCGAUGGCACGGGGGGAGGGGGGCGUGGGCAGGGUUCUCCUGAGUCGGCUCUCCCUCUCUGAAAGUGUGUAAAUAGUUUAUUUAUAGGGAUAAGAAUGUUCUCACACCGUUUCUUCAUUUCCUCUGGCAUUCCCUCCAAGCAGCCUUACACGGUGUCUGGGACUGAAGCCAUCCCUCUCAGUUCCCUUGAGUGUCUCAAGAACCAACCCCAUCACUUCCCCUUUUCAUGCCUCACAGCCCAGGUGCACACGUGCGCUCCCCCUUCCUCUGUGUACCCCCAGCUCACAUGCACCCACUCCCCUCCCCAGCUUGGCCUCGCCGGCUUCUGGUCUUGGUGCUACUGAAACCGCCACCCGGAACUUGAAUCCUGACACACACACACCACCCCCCCUCCAAGGCAAGGGCCAGAGACGGCCAGCCUGGAACCUGUGACCAGGGCUCCUGUCGAGGCCACAUGCUAAGGGCCGCUGGUCGGCCUGGCAUUUGCCUCUCCCUGGAGAGCGGACCUGCAGCUGGGCCCCUGUGUGGAGCCGGAGACCCCAGCCUGCAGCUGUGUAGAAGCUCGGGAUGGUUCUUUUUUUUGGCUAACCUUUGUGAUGACCCCCCUCCGCUGUCCCCAGUCAGGAUGUCUGUGGUGAUCAUGUCCACCCUCCCUGGCAGGGCUGUCCUGGGGCUUGCUCUCGGAAAUGAAGUCUGUCUUAUGUACCAAAUGGUUUGUGCGUCUUUGGCUGGGCUCCUCUCUUAACGCUUCUCUGGAUCUUGUACCAGUUCUGUCCUCGUCAUUCAGGGAUUGAGUGCUACCUUCACUGACUUGCCGAAGUGUACAUGCUAGUGUGGUGUAUACUGGUGGGUGUUUGUUGAUGAUGUUAUGAUUUUUGUUUUUGUUCUUUUUUUUUUUUUCCUUUACAAUUUUCUCUGUAGACUAGAGGAAGAAGAAUGCUUGUGUUUUCAGGAAGUAUGAUGCUUUUCUUUGACUGCCAAACUCUUU